AUGCCAAACUUACGAAGCGUAAGAGAAUGUCUACUUUUCGGCUUUGAAGAAAACCUACUAAACGAUGAAGAAUUUAUUCUUCUUUACGAUAUGAAUGCUUCGAAGAACCCUGAUUUCCCCUACUGGCAGUACGACCCGUUCGAUUUAGAUGACCUUUGUGACGACGAGUGUAAAGCUGAAUUUCGCUUCUUAAAGAAUGAUAUUCAUCUUCUAAAGGAUGUGCUACAAGUUCCUGAUGAAGUUGUUUGUUAUAACAGACUUGUCGUCGAUGGAAUUGAGGCUCUGUGUGUUCUUUUAAAACGGUUUGCAUAUCCUAUUCGCUACAGUGAUAUGUGCCCUCGAUUUGCUAGACCCGUUCCACAGUUUAGCAUAAUAACAAAUGCAAUGAUGGAUAUCAUAUACAAUCGGCACUGUCAUCGCUUGAGAAACUUUAACCAAGCUUGGCUUCCCCCUGCCAAUCUUCAAACCUAUGCUGAUGUCAUUCAUGAGGCUGGAGCUCCCUAUACAAACUGUUGGGGAUUUGUUGACGGGACAGUCAGGCCAGUUUGUAGACCUGAAAAUUUACAGAGGAGUUUAUACAAUGGACACAAAAGGGUUCAUGCUAUCAAGUUCCAAUCCGUGGUUGCCCCUAAUGGACUAAUUGCUAACUUGUACGGUCUAGUUGAGGGGAGGCGACACGAUAGUGGCAUGUUAGCUGAUUCUGGCCAGUUACCACAGUUACAGCUUCACUCUCGCUCGCCUUUAGGAAAUCCUUUAUGCAUUAAUGGUGACCUAGGAUACCCGUUGCGACCUCAGCUACAAACACCAUCUAGAGGCUUGCAUCUCACACCACUACAGCAGCAGUUCAAUACUUCCAUGAGCGCUGUUAGAUCAAGUGUUGAAUGGGUUUUUGUAAUCAACUAUUUUAGUUUCCUUGAUUUUAGGAAAAAUUUAAAGAUAGGGUUAAGUGCAGUGGGGAAAAUGUAUAUUGUUUGUGCACUGUUAACUAAUGCUAGAACGUGUUUAUAUCCAACAUCCACAAGUACUUUUUUCAACUUAGGAACACCUUCGUUACAAGAGUACUUUUCUGAAGUCAUGUAUACGCAGCUUGGUUGA